AUGAAACAUAAUAAGGAAUAAUUAAUCAACAAGGAAAAUCUGAAGAUAAUUAGAUAAUCUGAACUGAUUCAAAAUACAGUGGUGUGGACCAAUAAAAAUUUGUUCCUUCGUUAUUGCCAAUCUUAGAAUUAUUAUUACACUAGAGAUGUAAAUGAAAUUCUUGCCGAUACUUCAUCAAAAGCUGUGAUCAGAUACAAGGAUUGGUAUGGAUAUGACGAUGAUGAUGAGUACCUAAAAAGGUAUUAUUUUACUGAUGAAUAUCCGCAGAAGGUCCAGUUGUUAACUGAAUACUAUAAAUUUCAUACAGAUAUUGCCAGAUUAUUUAUGGAACCAAUUGCGACCUUGCUAAACAAAUACUACGAUAAGAAGCGCAAAUAUGAGUACUACAGGAUUGCUCGUUUAAUUGAAGAUGAGAAUAAGAAAAAUCCCAAUCGCCCUCCAAAAGGUAUUGUUGGUGAACGACCCUCCCCUGCUAAUUCACAGGAAACCCAAAAAGAAGAGGAAUCACCUACAGCAGCAAGGAGAUUCAGAAAUAUUCAAAUUUUGAAAGACCUGAGUUGGUUAAAUAAAUCAAGAAUAUUAAAUAAAUAGAAAAUUGACAUUUCAUGCACAUUACAAGAAAUUUGCAAACAUCUGGGUAAUUAGGCGUUUGAACAAUCCUCACUUUUCAUCCAGGCAGGUAAAACAGAAGAAUUGCAAUUGAAUAAAUUCCUAAACUACAUGAAUCAACAGGUCAAAAAAGCCUAGCCCAAAGGAGAUUCUCAACACCUAAAGUCUAAGAAAAAGUUGAGUCAACCUCAUGAGUUGUUAAUUUAAACCUUGAUUUAAAAACAAUAAGAAGAAUCUAAAUCUAGGUUUGGCUCUCAGCAUUCUAAAUAAAAUACUGAAUUAUUGCUACAGAUGAAUAAAUUAUCGAAAGAUAUCAAUGUGAAUUUUGUGAAAAAUCAAGUUGAUUCCUUAUUCAAAAGCAAAUAAAGUAAUGACAAUCCUCAAAGUCUGACAAGAGUUGAUCAGAAUGAACAAAUUAAAUAAUCUGCCAAUCCAAAAUCUAAAACUAUUAUCUAACAUUAGCCCAAGAUCUCUACUCAACUUUUCCUGAAAGACUUGAAGAAAAAUGUGCAAUCUAUUCCUUAAUUACUCAAUAAAUAUAAUCAAAACAACAUACCAUCUCCUACAACCAAUCCUCAUAAUAAGGUAUCUACAUCCAAUCAAACAAAUAUAGGCAAAUUGAAUCUAAAAUAAGUAUCUAAAUUAUUGAUUGAGGAAGACCCUACUGAAUAAGAAAUCAAAUGGAAAAAUGGAUCCUAAACCCAUAGACCUCAAUCAGGGACUCAAAAUUUCUUUUCAAACAGAAACAGUCCCACUAUUUCCAGGGGAGCACAAAAUGAUUUAAAAAUAAAUAAAAUCAAGUAGACUCCAACCGCAUCAUAAUAAGCAAAUUCAAAAAUAACUAAAUAAUCAGGAUCUCAAACGAAUCGAAAAUCUUCUCAACCUAAUAUUCAUAUUCGUUAUACAUCCAAUCAAGACAAAGUCAUUAAUAUCAACAUCAAUAUUAAUGAUCAUCCAGAGUUGCAGAAAUAAUAAUAAUAAAAGCAUAAGAAAAAUUAAUCGGAAGGUAAACCACUUUAAUUGAAUACUAAUUUACCUGAUACUUAAUAAGAAUAUGUCUGCUUAACUGACAGAGGAGGAGCUAGCGAAUUUUUAUUCAAAAAUAGCAUUGCUGCUUCUUGUCAAAAUUCCCCAAAGACUCAAAAAUUAAAACGAGUUAGUAGUGGAACAACAACUUUGAAAUGCUCAAUGAGUACCAAAAACUCCUUAAUACAAUAAAUGAUAUCUUAAGUAACCAAGUAGUAGUAGAAAUAAGAAGUUCUUUCAUCUUAGUUUAGAAAACCUAUUUGA